AUGGAGGAAGAUGAGGAGGAAGAGGAGGAGGAGGACAAAGAAGCCACAAUCUUCAAUCUGUUCAUCGUCAUGCUUCUUCGAUCUGUCUCCAUUCUCAACGAUUUACCAUUGCUUUUUGAUUGUUCAAGAUCUUCUGCCUCCAGUAAUCAUUGCAAUGGAAUGUUUAUGAGUAAACAAAUAUUUGUAAUUGACUGCUUGAAUAGAUUUUUUUUCCCGAUUGACCAUAAUUCCCUCAGAAACCACUUGGAUCGGUUGAAAUUGCUCGGAUCAGUUGGAAUUGUUUGGACCAAUUGGAACUGCUCCGAUCAGUUGGAAUUGUUUGGACCAAUUGGAACUGCUCCGAUCAGUUGGAAUUGUUCGGAUCAGCUCGGUUCCAAACAAAUUAUAUUCAAUAAUGUAUUGUGUUGA